AGCUCAUAGAUCGAAUGCUGAGUCCCAGUCCUGAAGAGAGACCAGACGCCUCAGAGCUGAUCAGAGAGAUGAAAGGUGAUCCCAGUGACUUCAUUUCAGGAUUGUCUGAUAGUUUUGAUGUGAUCGCAAAACUUGGUCAAGGAAGCUAUGGCUGCGUUUAUAAAGUAAAACACAUAUAUGAUGACAAGAUCUACGCUGUAAAGAGAGUUAUCUUAAACGGGAACGCUGAUUCUGAGGUGAAGGCACUGGCCCGACUAGAUCACCCAAACAUAGUACGGUACAUCACAUGCUGGCCAGGUUCUGACAACUGGACGUCAAACCAAGAAACAAACCAAGUGUCCAAUACACCAGGUUCUUCAUCGGAUGUAGGGAUCUUUGAGAGAUACAGCUGUGAAGAGAGGGAUGAUGAUGAUGAUGAUGAUGAGAAGGGAUGA